AUGCCGCCUUUCAAGACAAUGAUACCGACAAAUAGUCGGCCUAAUGAAUGGAAGAUUGAACAAGGACUGGCCGGAGCCGAGCUCCCGGUCAUUGAUAUGACCGAGCCAGAGAAUAAGUCUCUCAUUUUUCAGGUUUUCCCAGAGAAAUUGACCAAGGAUGAGGAAGCUAUCAAGGCCGUGGGGGACCCUGAGAAGCUCUUUGCUCGGGAGCGAGAUGGCUGGAUCGGCUUUGUCGAAUGGGAGAAUCAUCCCGACAAAAAGGCAGCGGCGCACAAGAUCCUGACGUCGCAGACAUUUCCACCAAACCCUGAAUUCCAGCUUGGCGAUAUUCCGGCAACUAAUCCUGUCCUUCCCGGCACUCGCUGGAAGAUGUGGCACCAUGCUGUCGGCGGUGAACUCAGCAGAGUUCCUGAUGACUCUUGGAACUGUGUCCUCAAAGAGAAGCACAAGGAUAUGCUUCAUCUCUUGCAGUUUCCAUACAACGGGGAGCCCCCCAAGCGUCUGGUCACUGACAAGGAGAUCACUCCCAACAACCUUCAUUUUGUGAGAAACCAUGGAGGCAUCCCGAUCAUCGACAAGGAUAAGUACAGCUUCAUGAUGGACGGUCUUGUAGCCAAGCCACGUGAGUACACCUUGGAUGAUCUCAUGGAUGAGUCUCGGUUCCCACGCAUCAAAAAGAAAAUUACUAUUCAGUGCUCUGGAACCCGCCGUAUUGAACAGAUUCUGAAGUAUCCCGGUCAAGGUGAUGAGAUUCCUCAAGCUCCCUGGGCCGAGGGUGCGAUUGGUACAGCUGAAUAUACCGGCAUCAGUCUCAAGAAGGUAAUCAAAGAGUGCGGCGGCUUGAUCGAAGGUGCCAAGCACCUGGAAUUCUAUGGUUGCGAGACCUACUUCAAGGAUGACAAGUGCAUGAACUAUCUUGUCAGUGUGCCUUGGUCAAAGGUCAAGGCAAAUGAAGUGAUGCUCGCCUGGGAAAUGAAUGGCGAGCCUCUGCCUCGCAUUCACGGAUAUCCUCUCCGCAUCGUCGUCUUUGGCUACAUUGGAGCUCGAAGCGUCAAGUGGCUCUACCGCGUCAAGGCCAUCAAGCUUCCGUCUCGAGCACCGGUCCAAAGCGCAGAGUAUCUCUACUUCCCGCAGCAGGUCGGAAAGCACAACCUGCAAAUGACUGACGGCAUUCAAAUUCAAGAGAUGCCAGUCAGCUCCGCCAUCAUGUUCCCAUGGGCGAAGCAAGUCGUCAUCCACAACGGCAAGAUCCGCUGCAAGGGCUGGGCUUAUUCUGGAGGCGGCCGAUGGCCAGAGCGUGUCGAGUUGUCAGCCGAUGGCGGCUUCAACUGGUACACCAUUCCUCUCGAGAACCUAUCCAAGAAGCGGAAGUGGACCUGGCGCACAUGGAGCUAUGACCUUCCGUGCGACGUUGAGGGCUGGGUUGAGAUUGUGGUCCGCUGCUGGGAUAACUCUCUGAACACGCAGCCUCCCGAGAUUCGCACAGCCUGGAACUGGGGCUUGCAUGUUACGAGCUCUUGCCACCGGAUCUCGGUGUACAGCGUCAACAGGAGCCGACCCAAGACUGACGCUCGUCUUAAAGAGUUUGAGGAAGCGGGUAUUCCAUUUGCCCCUAUUACUGUGCCACUCACCUUUCCCUCGCAGACUUGGGAUGGUUAUGAGAAGUUCUGGCAGGAGAAUGACCCUCGCGAUGCUGAAGAUGACUGA